GACUGCUCGGUAGUGGUGGAGCUGUGGGUUUAUCAGGAUCAGCGGACUGAGAGAAUGGCGGAGGCUCCGGAGGACGUGCACGCGGAUGAGUGUCUCAGCACAUACACACACAUCUACAGCCAGGACCUGCUCAAGGAUCAAGUGGCCUUCAUAACGGGCGGCGGCUCCGGCAUCGGCUUCCGUAUCGCUGAGGUUCUAAUGAGGCACGGAUGUGACACGGUCAUUGCCAGCAGGAACCUGGAGAAGCUCACUGAGGCGGCUAAGAAGCUGACCAGCGCGACGGGACGACACUGCCUGCCCCUGCAGAUGGACGUGCGUCAGCCGGACACCAUCUCUACCGCUGUGGACGAGACGCUGAAAGAGUUUGGACGUGUUGAUAUUCUUAUUAACAACGCAGCAGGGAACUUCCUGUGUCCUGCCACUGCUCUGUCCUUCAACGCCUUCAAAACAGUCCUGGAGAUUGACACCAUGGGGACGUUUAACACCAGCAAAGUCGUCUAUGAAAAAUGGUUCAAGGAUCAUGGUGGCUCCAUUGUAAACAUCUCAGCCACACUUGGAUACAAAGGUCAAGCACUCCAGGUGCAUGCUGGGUCGGCAAAAGCCGCCAAUGAUGCCAUGACAAGACACUUGGCAGUGGAAUGGGGUCCCAGUGGCGUGAGGGUGAACACUGUGGCACCGGGUCCAAUCUCUGGCACUGAAGGUUACCGCAGACUUGGUGGCUCCGCUGCGGAGAGCGCAGGAAUUUUCCGGACUAUUCCGCUGCAGAGGGCAGGAAAUAAAACGGAAAUGGCGCACACUGUUCUUUUCCUGGCGAGCCGCGCGGCGUCGUACGUCACUGGUGCCACAGUGGUGGCGGACGGAGGGGCGUGGCUUACCUCGGCCAAUGAUGUGGAGCGCCUGCUGGGUAUACACUCAUCUCGCUCUGCUAAACUUUGAGAGGCAGCACUGCACACAGAUCUUUGGUCACAAGAGAAAAGGAAAGACAAAUAAACCUGAUCUGGGAGGAAUGGAGACAAAAACAGUCAUCACAGAUUCUGAUCAUUAAAAUACAUUAAAUAAUGAGAGAUACUGCAUACAGCCAGCCGUUUUCAUCAAUUCGUACCGCAUGGUAGGUAUGAUGCUGGUCUGUAGAAAAAAUCAUGUACCUAAUGUGCCUUCUGGAGAUAUGUAUUCUGUAUGCAAGAUAAUUAUUGUUAAUGACUGGAUAUAUAUAAAAUAAGGGUUCCUGAAGGGUUCUUUGUUUUAGGUUACUUUUCCAAAGAGAAUUUGAAAGGGGAACUUUCUACAUUAUAAGUGCAAAAAAAAAAAAAAACAA